AUGGUCAACUCGCUCUCUGGCACCACGGCAAGAGCGCAAGCGGCCGGCAUGGCAGUGUUGGAUAUGGAAUCGGUCAAUCGCCCAGACCAAGUUAAUGAAAGGAGUUCUGACCCGGAGACUGAGGAGCAAGGUAUGAGUUUUGAGACAUCGCGGGAGAUGGUUACGGAGCCUAAGCCAUCAACAAAUGCGGUGGACAGAAAAGAAGCAGCCAACAAUCCGCCACCCAGCGCUAAGACCAUCGAGAUGUCCGAAGUGGAAUACGCUAUACACAUCAUGGCUCUCGAAACUGCUGGAAACUCGACAUACAAGGAGGUAGUGGAAAUGUAUAAGAGUAACGCCUCCAGCACAGGAACAUGGGUAACCCUGUGCGAAGGUAUACCUAUGGCCGCAGUUUUGUUGUCCAAUCCGAUGCCAGACAUAUCUGGUGCUGUAGACGUUGCCGGGGUGACUUUCUGUGCAACUGUCGCUGAAAUUCCGUUCGGAAAGUCGUCAACCGAGAUGACCAGGCUAGGGCUACCCACAUAUGACAGCAACGUUGUGUACCGCAUUCGAAAGAGAGACCCGACUUUUGUCGUAAAGGCGCAAGUACCUCCGACAGCUAAUGACGCCGCUAUUAGCCAAACAGACGCUGCAUUAGGAGUGGCAAUUAUGGCGAUUACUUACUGCCAGACCGGGAGUACGCCGUUGAUGUCCACCGCUAGGAAUACGGGAGAAAUGUUCAUACCAAACGCUGCACGGAGACUGGCAGGGAACCGAACCAACGAUCGCAUCAAGCAAAUCACCACGCUUAUCCCAUGCACAGGGCCUUUUCCGCUCGCGAUGCUGACCGUUCUAUUUAGCCAGAGUGCGAUGGUCAAUCGGCUGACCAAAGCCAUGGCCGGGCAUAAAUGGGCCAACGUUAUCGAGAGAGUUGACGAAGGUAUGGUUCUCCUUGGCGGUGUGCACCCAAACUUAGGCAAGUUGUUAAUGUGGCUAAAUACCCAUAGAAGCUUCUAUUUUCACCCCCAUUUUUCUGGAGACCAUGCGUACCCCCAGUCCGACGUCCCUUUGCGCUUGCGUCUCCUUGGCCUUGCACUAUUAACUGUCGAGGGAGUAUACGAGCUUUCUGACGGGUUAUUUGACAUCUAG